AUGCUGCGCCGGGGCUCGCUGCCGGCGCCCAGGAAGCAGGCCGGCACCAAGGCGGCGCGCAUGCUGCUGCUCAUCUUCGCGUGGGACUCGUGCGCCUACUUCCCGCUGCUCAUCGUCACCAUCGUGCAGGCGUGCGGCGUCACCGUCAACGCCACGCUGCACGACGUCUCCUCCAACCUGACCUUGCUCACGAUCCUCGCCGACCCCUACAUCUACGCGUACAACAACCAGCAGACGAAGAAGGCCAUCGUGGACUUCGUCGCGUGCUUCCGCCGCGACGCGCGCGAGGACGAGAUGGAGCGGGUGGGCAGGCGGCAGUCCAUGCUCCCGGACACCUCGAUGAGGCGCCUUCGACACAUCAUAUCGAGUAUCACCAACACGAGUACCGCCAGCGAGGAGGAGAAGGAGAAAGCGAACGGCCAGUCGCCGACGCUCAAACGAAACAGCCUCUUCAUGUCGUGA